AUGAAGAACGUCACACUUGUUAUUGCUAUGAUAUCGAUCAUGUUCUCAAGCUGUGUAACAUCCAAACUCACAGCAACAGAACUAGAGUCAUCAACUAACCAAGAGCUCUUCCUAUCGCGCGUACACCUCAAGCCACACCUCAAGCCACAUUGGCUGUACCGUGGCCCCGGAAAAAGAUUCCCGCCAGGCCACUUUCUACCAACUCUGUUUUAUCUGACACAGGAAGUCACCAAUGCUUGUCGACAAGGAGGACGCAUCUACAUGUUUUGA